AUGGCUUCGGCGAAGCGGCGCGGCUGCUGCUGCUGCCUGGCGGCGGGGCUGGCCCUGGCGGCCGCCGCCGUGCUGCUGGGGGCGCUCCUGACCCGGCCCCGCUGCUCCCCUCCCCGCUCUCCGCGCGCCGCCGUGGCCGCCGACACCAGGACUUGCUCCGACGUGGGCAGGGAUCUCUUGCAACGCGGAGGCUCAGCUGUAGAUGCCGCCAUUGCUGCCUUGAUCUGCACCUCUGUCCUGAACCCCCAGAGCAUGGGCUUAGGGGGAGGUGUCAUCUUUACCAUCUAUAAUGCAUCCACAGGAAAGGUUGAGGUGAUUAAUGCUCGUGAGAAAGCCCCACAAGCAAUAUCUACAGGCUUGCUGGAUCAAUGUCAACCCACUUUCCUCCCAGGAGCACAAUGGAUUGCAGUUCCCGGGGAACUUCGUGGGUAUGAAGAAGCCCACAAGCGCUAUGGCAAAUUGCCGUGGAAGACACUGUUUAAACCCACUAUCAAGCUCCUUGAGUCCGGAAUCAAGAUACCAAGGAUUUUGAGCUUAUUUCUCAACGAGCCGAUGUUACUGAGACCUUUGAAAAGCUCUUCUUUAGGCAAGCUGUUUUUUAAUGAAGGUAAUAUCCUGCAAGAAGGACAGAUCCUUCAUUGGCCAGCCCUAUUAGAAACCCUGAAGGCAGUGGCAGAAAAUGGAGCCGGCGAAUUUUACACAGGGAAGACAGCAGAGCUGUUGGUGGAGGACGUGAGAAAGGAAGGUGGCACUUUGACAUUGGAUGACCUCAGGAGUUAUCAGGCGGAAAUUGUGAAACCCUUGAAUAUUUCACUGGGUGAAUACACUGUGUAUUCUGCCCCCUCACCAGCAGCGGGGCCCAUUCUCUUCUUCAUCCUUAACGUCCUGAAAGGGUUCAACUUCACCAAGGCGACCAUGGACACACCCAGUGAGAAGGCUGAGGCUUACCACUAUAUUGCAGAGACUCUGAAGUUUGCUAAUGGCCAGAAAGCAAAAGUGGAAGAUCCUGCAUUUUCCCAUAUAAAGGAGGACGUUAUUAGUGAGCUGGUAUCGGAUUCCUUUGCUAACCAUGUCAGGGCGCAAAUCGACGAGAGAGGGGACCAUGCUGCCACCCAUUACAACCUCACCCAGCGGGGAGCGGUGGGUUUUGGCACCUCUCAUGUUUCUGUCCUUGCUGAAGAUGGCAGCGCCGUCUCGGUCACCAGCACCAUCAACCACCCGUUUGGGUCGAUGGUGUAUUCCCAGAGCACCGGGAUCAUCUUAAAUAAUGAGCUUGCUGACUUCUGCAUGAAACAGUUGAACAAAGAGAUCUCUCCAGGAGAGAUACCUCCCUCUUCCAUGUCGCCAGCCAUCCUCAUUUCCAGCAACGGGGAGUCCAAGCUGGUGAUUGGAGGCUCCGGUGGGACCCUCAUCACUCCUGCUGUAGCCCAGGUGAUCGUGAACAAGCUGUGGUUUGGGUACGAGCUGGAUGCUGCCAUCCAGGCGUCAGUUCUCUUUGCUGGCGAGAACAACUCAAUCAAGGUUGAGCCACACUUUGAUAAGGACGUUCUAAAGAGGCUGCAAGAAAAGGGACACAGAAUCUCUGUUGCAAACAGGACACUGAAUGUGGUGCAAGGGAUUUCAAAGGAAGGCCACUGCAUCUUUGCUUACUCUGAUCUGAGGAAGCUAGGGGAGGCAUCAGGCUAUUAGGCCUGCCAG